UGGCCGUGUUCUGUAGUGCCGGGCGAGGCCGGGCGGGCGCCUCCGGGAGAGGCCGGUGUCAACCGGGAGCCGGCGGACGGACGGCAGCCGGGGCCGCGGCGGUUGUUCCCGACAUGCUCUUCUCGGGGAGGAUUUCAAACCCUCGGCCGCAACCACCUCCCCUCUCUCCCGGCCCCGUCGGGCCCCAGCAACAGGCGGCGGCCCGCGUAUCAUUGGCCGGGCCGCGCAAAGGCGUGUUUUGAUUGGCCGCCGCGCCUCCCGGCCCCGCUCUAGCCCUCACCGCCGCCUCCAUUUUGUCGGUAGAGGCAGAAGGGGAAGGUCGGUCGGGACGCUGAGGUGGCCUGCAGCUGUCUCGUCGGUGCUCGUGGGCUUCGCUCGUUCCGUGCCUCGUCUCUCCCUGGAAGGGGAGGGGGGCUUCGACGCCGAGCAGGAGCCGCCGCCGCCGUAGUCCCGGGUUCGAAGUCGCUAAGACUUCUCUCAAACUUGUGUGCUGAGGAGACUCAGAUGUUGGCCUCAGCUCCUAGGCUGAACUCAGCAGAUCGGCCCAUGAAAACUUCUGUAUUGAGACAAAGGAAAGGAUCUAUCAGAAAGCAACAUCUAUUAUCCUGGGCGUGGCAGCAAGGAAGACGACAGGUGGUGGAAAUCCUGCAAUCUGAAAAGCAGACUGAAAGGUGACAAAGAAGCUGAAGAUGGGUGGUGGCGAGAGGUAUAACAUUCCAGCCCCUCAGUCUAGAAAUGUUAGUAAGAACCAACAACAGCUUAGUAGACAGAAGACCAAGGAUCAGAAUUCCCAGAUGAAGAUUGUUCAUAAGAAAAAGGAAAGAGGACAUACUUAUAAUUCAUCAGCAGCUGCAUGGCAGGCCAUGCAAAGUGGGGGGAAGAACAAAAAUUUUCCAAAUAAUCAAAACUGGAACUCUAGCUUAUCAAGUCCCACCUUACUUUUUAAGUCUCAAACUAAUCAGAACUAUGCUGGAGCCAAAUUUAGUGAGCCGCCAUCACCAAGUGUUCUUCCUAAACCACCAAGCCACUGGGUUCCUGUUUCCUUUAAUCCUUCUGAUAAAGAAAUAAUGACAUUUCAACUUAAAACCUUACUUAAAGUACAGGUGUAAAAUGAGAUAAAGUAUUAAUGUGUUUAAAUUUAGUCAUAUUUAGGGAUAACUGGCAAUUGUCUCAGACCAAAUUCACUAGGGAAUUUAAUGUGUAAAACUGCUAAUUAAUGUAGAAAAUAUAAUGAGACUUAACUGUUUUGUGUGUUAUGUGCACUGUGAUGGUAGAAUCAGUGCAACUUAAAAUAACUAAAUUAUUGAUAAUUGUACUUCACAUAAAAUACUAAGUGUUCUCAAUUGAGUAACCAAGUGAAACCAGUCAAGUUUAGAUUUGGGGAAUGGUAAAGGAAUCAACUUUUUCUAUUGCCUGUUGGGGGAAAAUAGUAAUUUAAGAUUAUCAUUCACAGAUCAGCAGAUUGACUUGUUGAGAUCUGGUAAAUGAUUAUAAGCAUCCAGUUAAGACAUACAGGGGUUGAAAACUAGUUGAAUAUUUGAAAGUUUAAUGUCCUAGAAACACCUAAACCAGUAAUAUGCCAACAAUCUGAUGCACUGCCAAAAGAAAAUGUGAAUUUUUUUUUAUAGUUGUAUUUUAGUGAACUGUAUGGUGGUGAAUGCGGAAAGGGCACUAGGGGCUAUUUAGAAUGAAACAGUAUACCCCAUUGUCCCUGUUACUGACAUGCAGUGGAUAGGUGUCUGCCAACAAAUGCACCGAAACCAUUUUUUAUAGAAAUAGUAUUCGGUGUUCACCGAGUAGCUUUCAGAAUACAUUUUUGUAUUAUGGCACUGCACAAGCUAUUCUGACAGUGAUCUGGCUUCAAAUCAUCCCUGCACAGCUUGUUUAAAGUUGGGAGCUAUAUAAUGUGAAAGUUUUACGUACCUAGGAAAGAGCCAUGUAAAUAUAUGUAAUAAACUUGUAGCAUAUGUAAAGUUUUGUUGGCAUUUAUCCUACAAAAAUAGAAUAUUUUAGUAUGAAUUUGCUGAAUGUAAGACAUGGACUCCUUUUAUACUAUGGCCUAAUUUUAAAGGUCCAAAAAAACCUUGUUUUUAAAGUUUGCCCUUGUGCUAAAGUGCCACUGCACGUAUACUAUGAUUGAUCUUGUUGUAAACUAUAUUUCAAAGUAAAUCCUAGUGUAAGAAGUUUUAUAUAACUGAAAAGGUUUUAAGCUGCUAAAACACUUCCUAUUUUUCAGAGAUGUGAAAUGCAGUAUGGGAUUAUUUUAAUUUCUUUCUUAAGCCCAAAGAUGAACUAUUAAGGGGUUCCUCUAACCUUAAAAGAUUCAUUUUGGCUUUCAACAAUUUGUGUAACCUAUGAGUAUAGUGUACAAUGCCAGCGUUUUUUUUUUUUUUUUUUUUUGGUCAACAGGUGCAACCCAGGGGACCACUCAUUGCAAAAGAUGCAAUUUCUUGCCUAAUACCAUGAUAACAUGUUUUGUUUACCUUAAAGAUAAGCGCUAAUUAUAACAGCCAACCCAAUGAAUUAAAAGGAAAGCGUGGGGGGGGUCUAUUUAGAAUAUGGUGGUAGGUGCCCUCUUUUCUCAUUUGGCAGCUUUUUUGAUACUUUUAAGCAGAAUGGGUAAGUUGUAUUUCUCCUAAUAAAUUCAGGUGAGAUAAUAUUGCCCACAUCAAAUAAUGAUAUCCUAAAGACAAGUUUAUAUAAUAGUACUAAUGUACAUACAGGAAUUUGAAGCAUGAAAUUAAAAAAUAAAAUUGCUUUUUCCCAUGUCUUGUUUUUAUUGUAUAAAAAUUGUUAUGACUAUGUAAUAUUCUUAGAAUGCACAUAAUUAACCCUACUGAAAUACAAUAGGACUGUUGGUUUUAAGAGGCAACCAGUUUGCUAACUGAUAGACAUUUGGAUUAGCAGCUAUACCGUUAAAAAAGCAACUGUGGCUUCCCAGCAGGGCUAACAGUAAAAGGCCACAGAAUAUUACUUUGGAAACUUACAUAAAGCUUCUGAAUUCAUCUCAUACCAAAUUGAGUAAAGCAGGUUUAACCGCCUGUCUCCCUCUUCUAUAUUUUAAGAUGACUUAGGUAAACACAAGAGUUCUUGUCAAUUUGAGAAAUUCUGCAAAUUUUUUUUUCUAUGAACCUAUUAUUUUCACAAGGGGACCUUGGAGGAGAAAAAAGACACAAGAACUAAACUGGCUUUCUAAUAUGUUCCAAAUGAUAGGAUAGCUUAAACUAGUUCAAGAAAAAUCUUUUUAAUUUCUAUACUAAGCAAGCAGUGAAUCCCAGGGCCAGGCUGUAUUUUCUCCUGCAAACUGUCAGAAUAAAUUGAUUUGGCAGAAAUUAA